GUUUGUGCCCAUGGCAGCAAACAAGAAAGAGUCGGAUGAAGAUCAGGCCACCAUCUUGACACUGGGCGAGGUCGUGGCCGUCUACAGCCUCGAGGGCAACCAAGCCAAGAUCAAGGCGCCGUAAGCACGACACCGAUGCUCAUUCGCUGUGUGUUCACCCGUACGUAUCUAUCGUAUCCUGGUAUAUACGUCUGUCUGUUUUGUGUUGAUUGGUUCAUGGCAUGGAUGACUGCAGUGCAGCCAAGCAGGCGCUCGAGUACGCCAAGGAGUUCGCCACCAUCCGGAAUCAGCACACAAUGAAUGACAUGAGAGUGUAAGUAAGCCAUGCAUGAAGAUGCCACACACGGUAUGGCAGGUGGCGCCAUACUGACAUACAGUGUGGUCACUUUCCUGAGGGGUGGGUGUAUGUGUUGGUGUGGUGGCUAUGUUGCAACUGUCAGUCACAAAUUCCAGCAUGGCGAGUGGCUGAACGGGCAGCUCAAGGGCCACGAGUUCGCAUCUCUCGUGGACCUGCUCCCCACUGACGUCGAGCAAGCAAAGGUAAGGUAGCACCCAGAAUUGGUAUAUACAUGACAGCCGCUGGGCUCCUUACGUGGGGUGGAUGGUGUGUGUGUGUGUGUGUGCGUGUGGUAUGGCAUCAGGCUCUGCUGCCGACUCUGAAGCGGUUCAGUGACGAUGAGUUGUCGCCAGUGCUUGAAGACCUGCAGACCUAUGCACAGGAGGGGGGCGGGCAGGUCGAGCAGUGAGUGAGUGAGUGAUUCGAUUCAGCCAGUCAGCUGGCGUUCGUUUUCAAUGUACAUAGACAGACAGGGAGAUACGACUGCUGGCGUG